AUGCUGUCUUCUCGUUGCCUCUUCCUCCUCGCCUCGAUCACCUCCUUCCUCUCUCUCUCAUCCUCCCAAACCCAACCUCCUGCUCCUUCCUCUCUCAUCUUCCCCGUCGUGAAAGAUGAGGCAUCUCGCCAAUACUAUACCACCAUCACCCUCGGCACGCCGCCUUCUCCCGUGAAGGCGGUGCUCAACCUCUUGGGUUCAUACUCGUGGUUCGACUGCGGCGCCGCCCGCUACAACCCAUCGUCGUCCUCAUCCCACCACCCCAUCCUUUGCAGCUCUGCCAGGUGCAGGGCCGCCCGAGGUGGCGGCUGCUUCAACGACACGUGCAGCGUGUACAUGUACAACCCGCUGACGGAGGUUGUCAUCGGCACCGGGCUCGGCGAGGAUGCGGUGGUGGUGCACCACACCGAUGGGAUCAAGUACACGUCGAGAGGAGUAAUACAACUUCCUUUCUCUUGCGUGCCUUCGGAGUUCACGCGCGGCAUCUCCACUGCCGGCAAUGGCGUGAUCGCGCUUUCCAUCAGACCAACCUCGCUCGCUACAAAGCUCUCAGCCGACCUCGACCUCCCCCACAAGCUUGCUCUUUGCCUCCCAUCUUCAUCAUCCUCCUCCGGCCACGGCCAUGGCGACUUCUAUGUCGGCGGUGGCCCAUAUUUCAGGCCUCCGAUCAAACAGGACCUCUCGAAGUCGCUCCUUGUCGCUCAGCUGCUUAUCAAUCCCGUCAGCCAACCCUCUCAUGGCUCGGCAUCUCCGUCCGACGAGUACUUCGUUGACGUGACUGCCAUCAAGGUCAAUUUCGCUCCUGUCAAUUUCAAGGCAUCGGUUUUAGCUAUCGACAAGAACGGAAGCGGUGGGACCAAAAUUAGUACUCUGACUCCGUACACGGUCCUCCACUCGGACAUCUAUAGACCUCUGAUUGCAGAGUUUACCAGGCAGGCAGUUGAGAAGAAGAUGAGGAGUAAGCGGGUUGUUCAUGACUUCUAA